UAACUCAACUCCUUUCGAGCACCAUCCAACAGAAAACAUGGCGGCGCUCAGACGAACAUGCGCUGAGCUGACUCGUCGCAGUGUUAACACACAGAGUAGCACAGUCCGUUCAUGUCUUCAGUUGGAGCACAUGACGCCAACGCCAUUACCAGUCAGAUCACUAUCAUAUGCAUCGUCGUUUAAGUCUACAAAUGUUACAAUAGGUUUUGGUCAAACAUUGCGGAAGUGUCCUCAAGUGACCUCUGUCUGCUUUGUCCACACAUCAAACUCUAAACACAAGCGUGACUACUAUGAGGUGCUAGGAGUGGAUCGGUCAGCAGAUAGUGCAACCAUAAAGAAAAAGUACUAUCAGCUUGCCAAGAAAUACCAUCCUGACGUCAGCAAGAACGAUGCCUCUGCUGCCUCCAAGUUUCAAGAAGUGUCAGAGGCUUAUGAGUAUUCACACCAAUGUGCUGGGGACACAGCCAAGAGACAGCAGUAUGACGCGUAUGGGAUGGCCGGGGGUGCAGAAAGUGCAGGACAGAGACAAGGAGGAUUCUCUGGUUUUGAAAACUUCCACGGCUCCAUUGACCCAGAGGAACUGUUCAGGAAUAUUUUUGGCAAUGCUGGAUUCGGAUCUGGUUUUGGCAACAUGAAUGACUUUGAAGAGUCCAAGUUUGGGUUUGCCCCAGCAUCAGAAAUAAUGAUGGACCUGACCUUUCAAGAAGCAGCUCGUGGCGUGAACAAGGACAUCAAUGUCAAUGUGAAGGACAUCUGUCCCAAAUGUUCAGGGAAGAAGGCAGAACCGGGAACAAAACCUGUCAAGUGCCAUUUCUGCAAUGGGACAGGAAUGGAAACAAUCAACACUGGGCCGUUCAUGAUGCGGACAACAUGUCGACACUGCUUCGGGAGUCGUGUGUUGAUCAAGACGCCGUGUACAGAAUGUAACGGAAAGGGCAGCCUCAUUAUGAGGAAGAAAGUAACAGUUCCUGUCCCAGCCGGGGUGGAGAAUGGACAGACAGUCAGGAUGCCUGUGGGCAGACAGGAAAUCUUUAUUACAUUCAAAGUGGCAAAGAGUCGAGUGUUCCGGCGUGAAGGUGCUGAUGUGCAUAGUGAUGUUACUGUUAGUCUUUCACAAUCCAUCCUCGGAGGUACGCUACGCAUACCAGGGAUAUAUGACGACAUACUGUUAACGAUCCCCAAUGGCACCCAGUCCCAUGAGAGGAUACGACUGCCGGGGAAGGGAAUCAGCAGGGUCAACAGCUAUGGCUACGGAGAUCACUACGUCCAUAUCAAGAUUAAAAUACCCACGCGGCUAAGUGCGGAACAGAAAGCACUGAUACUGGCGUAUGCGGAGCUUGAGAAGGGAGUGGAGGGGACCGUUGACGGCGUAGCCAGGACACAGUCAGGUCUGCAAGCCAUCAAUGACGAGGGAGGACUUGUAGCUCAGAUCAGACGGGCACUGAGAGGACUUGAGGACAAGAUAGAACAGCUUGAGGACAACACAACAGAUAAGAAAGAGACAUUUCAAACAAAAGUUGAAGACAAGAAAGAGUCAGUUCAGACAAAAGUCGAAGACAAGAAAGAGUCAGUUCAGACAAAAGUCGACGACAAGAAAGAGUCAGUUCAGACAAAAGUCGAAGACAAGAAAGAAACCGUUCAGGAGGACGAUGAUGAUAGUGAUGAUGAAGGGAUGAAGAAGAAAAGCUCCAGCUGAGAGAUUUUGUGGAUAGCAUAAUUUCAAAAUCUGCAUUGCCUGCCAACAAAUUUGGAUAGGCAUUUAAAUGGAUUUGGUACAUUUUAUCCUGAAUAACAUGUUGACAUUUCUGUUGUUUUAAGCGCUGAUUUUACAAAUACAGUCAAAUCCCGAUGAGUCGAAUCUCUGGGGACCAAGUAAUAAAUUCGACUUAUCGAUGUAUUCGAGACAUAGGUAUGUCUAUGAGGGUAGAAAAAAAGAUGAUCCAGUCCUAAUUCC